AGAAGCUAUAUAUACAUAUACAUAUAUAUACAUAAUCUCGCCGGAAAAUUUUAUCUAUAUUAUUUUACGUAUCAAACUUCGUAAAAACGAUAGAGGAGGGUCGUGAAAGGUCUAGAAAUAUUUCCCAAUAAAUUUUAGACCGAUUCGUAGUCACCGGAGUUUCAAGCCGCGCAAACGGGUCUUCAGCAAAAGCGGACAUUUGGCCGUAGAUAGGGGUGGAGGAGCUUCGUCUCGACGUGAGGAUCAUUUUGCAACUUGAAUCGUCGAAAACCGUUACCUAAGGAGGAUUCAAGUGAAGACCAAAGCUAGAGAUUUUAUUAAGGGGAUUAUCGCAAUCUAAGGAUGGCAAUAAUGUCAUUAAGAUGACAGUCCAACUGCAAGAUGGCACUUGAGUGAGAGUCAUAUCAUAUUUGAAAUAAGAUAUGAGAUAUACAGUGGAGGCAGCGGCGACGCUAGAGGUCACCUUGUUCACGCAGAUGAGCCAUGGUGUGGUGGUGGCGACGCCGGAUAUGGCGGGGCUGGCGGAAAAGCUAGAUAAGGUCAAAGAUGGAGCAGCUGGUGGCACCUAUGGUGGGGACAACGAUGAUGACGAUGCAGGCGGCGGCAAAGCCAACGCUGACGGUGGUGGCGCCGACAUCAAUGCUGGUGGUGGCGGUGAUAGUCGUGGCUCACCAGAUCUGGUGCAGCUUGAAUGCUUGAUGUCAUCUACGCGCUGCACCUUUGUUGAAAUCCGUUUUAUUAUUACUCUGUAUGUUUUAUAAUAAUAUUGACUAAUAAUAAAGAAAUUGACUUUUCUCAUUAAGGGUAGUGAUGUCAACUCCAUUCUUUUAUGUCCUACGGAACAUUACUGAUGGAGUAAUAGGACUAGGCCCAGAGCCUAAUCAGUCCAAGCCCCGAACUUGGACCCGUGGAUCCAAGUCCACAACCUGGAGCCUGCCUGCCAGCCCAGCAGGGAGCCUACCAGUCCGGCCGACCUCCCAGCCCGGAAGAGUAACGGUCAAGCAAUUAAUGCGCUAUUAAUUAUGUAUUUAAUUCCGUAUUAAUGUUGUAAUUAAUUAGUCAUUAUUAUCGGUAACAAUUACGAUUUGUAUACGCCUACAAAAGGCGAGUUGUAAUUCAGAUUAGGGGAGACAAAUUCUAUAUGCUAUUUCUGGUUAC